AUGUCGCAAGAAAACCCCGACGUCCGCUCGCCCGAGCCGGCCAACGACGAAUCAGCAACGGCGGCGGCUGACACCACAACCACGGUGCCCGCAGCAAGCCCAGAGGACAAGAGCAGUGCCAAUGCAAACCCCAAGAAACGAACGGCAUCGGAAUCGGAUCACAAUGGCCCGCCCAAGAUCACCAAGCGAAGAGCUGCCCGCGCCUGCGUGUCGUGUCGGGCCCGCAAAGUGCGCUGCGAUGUGGUGGAAGGCGCUCCGUGCGGCAACUGCCGGUGGGAUAACGUCGAAUGCGUAGUCCAGGAGAGCCGCCGACGAAAGAAGAAUCUCUUCGACCCCAACUCUGGUGCUCGCACCCAUGCCCACCACAAAGCCGAGGCACACCACCACAAGACACAGCAGCACAUUGCCAGCAACCCCGUCAACAUCAGCCCGGCCACAGAUCUGCGCCGGCCGAGCGAAAUUUCCAUUGCGACGACCACCGGCGAUGACGCGACGAAUGCGGUUAAUGUCCAGCCCAGCCAAUCUAACCUGUUAGACGCCGGUUUGGAUGGUCACGUUCCGCACCUCAUCUAUCAGCAGCAGUCAGCCAGCAUACAGCCAGACCCGUUGAUGCUAGCCCAAUUACAGGCCAGCAACAAUGGGUCCAGAUAUCCAAACAUUUGGCCUAAUCUCGCCAAUACUAACCAGGAUGGCGCCGCUGCCUUUGGUCAGGCCAAGACUGCUCAGUUUCUCAGUUCGCUAGAAGACCCCGAUGCUUCAUCUCAGCUGCCUGCCUUCAUUCGGCCUUUGCCGGCCAAGAUUGCUAGCGAGGAUGUGAGCUAUUUGCACAUGAAGGGAGCCCUGACACUCCCCAGUCUUCCGCUGCAGAACGCUCUGCUCCGGGCUUACGUUGAGUAUGUUCACCCAUACAUGCCACUGCUCGAGUUGCAUGACUUCUUGAGUGCCAUAAACUCCGUGGAUGGCCUGUGCGGGCAGAUCAGCUUGUUCUUGUACCACGCUGUCAUGUUUGCCGGUACUGCCUACGUGGAUGUAAAAAUUCUCAAGGAGGCAGGGUACGCCAACAGGAAAGCUGCCCGCAAGGCCUAUUUCCAAAAGACAAGGCUUUUGUACGAUUUUGACUAUGAGAGCGAUCGUCUCGUCCUUGUCCAAUCGUUACUGCUCAUGACAUACUGGUAUGAGACGCCAGAUGACCAAAAGGAUACAUGGCAUUGGAUGGGCGUGGCUAUAUCGCUGGCUCACACCAUUGGUCUCCACCGCAACCCUGCCAAUACCAGCAUGUCUCCGAGGAAACAAAAGCUCUGGAAGAGAAUAUGGUGGUCCUGCUUUAUGCGUGAUCGCUUGAUUGCAUUGGGCAUGAGGAGACCGACGAGGAUAAAGGACGAGGACUUUGAUGUUCCAAUGUUGGAAGAAGGCGAUUUCGAGAUUGGCCCACUCGCCGAUGAUGUGCAAGUCAUCAACCACGACUGUACGCUUGUCCGGGACGUCUUGAUGCAGCAGCAGCUUGCCUCCAUGUGUGUGGCCAAGGCCAAGCUAUGUCUCUGCAUUAGCCAGAUGCUCAAGGCCCAAUAUUCGGUACUUGUCAGAGAUUCCGAGCGAGCCGAGAACACGACCAACAGCACCAUGAUGCUUCACCCUAAGAAACAAAUCAACAACAUGGAAAAUGUCACCGAUUGUGACAUCUCACUCAUGGCCUGGGUUGAGCAACUGCCUGCCUGCUGCCAGUAUCGUGCGCUCACCCCCAUGGAUGUCAAGGACGGCUACAGGACGAUUGCUGUGCAGCGAAACCUUCUACACAUGGUCUACUAUACUACCAUCUCGGCUCUUCACCGGCCCCAAUUCCUCCACGCAUCGCCGAUGCACGCUCCGACGACGUCGCGACAGGCUCAAGAAAUGUCCCGCAUGAAGGUCCGGGACGCCGCAUCCCAGAUCACGCGCAUGGCUGCUGAAAUGCACCAGCUGCGUUUGGAGAGGUAUCUGCCGACGACGGGCGUGACGGUCAUCCUUCCUGCAAUGAUUAUUCACCUUCUCGAGAUGAAGAACCCGCUCAUCCAUGCCCGUGACAAGGCAGUGCGCGGAUUCAGGCAAUGCAUGAAGGUCAUGGAGAAACUACGUGAUAUAUACUCGGCUGCCGAUUAUGCGGUCGCCUUCCUGGACGCUGCCCUCCGCAAGGCAGCCAUCGACAUUCAGGCUUCCCACAACGCUGCCCGGAUGAACACAGAAUUCGAAAAGCCCACCCACCACAACAGCUUUUCGGCGCCGUCGUUUCCUGUCCCGGAAAAGAUGGCUACUCCUCCGCCGGAGAAUUUGCCCUAUAUGACGCAACCCGAGAUUGACCGGGCCCAGCCAAAAGCUGCGUUUGUUGAGCCAAUCCACAUUGCGACCGGCAACACACCACCGCCGACGGAGAAGGAAGAUGCUACCCCUACUGCGAGCGACUCGAGUGAUGCUGGUGCCCCUGCGCCCAUGGAACUGGACCUCGACUUCAACGCGAACCACCAAGACGAAUUUGAUUGGAACGCCUUAACUGGCACGAAUAUCGACUUUGAUCAGUGGUUGCAAUUCCCUGCCGAGGGAGGAAAGAAGAACAACAGUGCCGGUCUCGCGGCCAACGUUGCACUUCCGGUGACGAACAAUAUCGUGGAAAACAAUGACAGUUUCAUGAACAUGUUGGUCGACACCGGAAAUGGUUCAGGAGAUAUAUUCGUUUCUUGA